AUGGCCGCCGAUAUAUCCCCUUCAGACUACAAGGACAUAAUAGACUGGGAUGUCUUGGGUGAAAUCAUCUCCAUGGAUGAAGACAACCCUGAAUUCUCCCAAAACUUGAUCUCGACCUUCAUCAACCAGGUAUUAGACACCUUCCACAAAAUCGACGACAUCUUGUGCCAGAUUAUCCCAAACGACAUUGACUACCAAAAAUACUCCAACAAAAUCUCCAAUACAAACUACAUAGACGUCCCUGAUGAAUUCAGCGAAAUGGCCCAACCUCCACCACAACAGCAAAAAUUCGAUGAUCUGGCCUUUGAUACCGAAUAUACCACCGACAUCACUCUCUCAAAAGAAAUCCAGCAUGAGUUGAAAUUAAACGAAGAAAAAAACUUAUCAAAAAUAAAAAACCCAAAGAAUAUCAAGAUUCAGUUGAACGGAAUCAGUGAGCUCGGUCAUUACAUCAAGGGUUCCGCAUCAUCUUUAGGGUUUUACACUUUGCAAAAAUACUGCGAAAGAAUUCAAAACUACGGCAACUAUUUGGACCAUGACGGGUUUCAAGUUACCCCAGAAAAUGAUCAAUAUUUCAAAGAUAUCGACGCGAACUAUGACGGAUAUUUGACAAGAUUGACCGCUCGCGUCAACCCAACCAGUAAGGAUAGUGAUGAAUUGUGGGUUUUCAUGGUAAAGAAUAGUUUGGACAAUGCUAAGACUGAGUUUAACAAAAUAAGAGACUUCCUUAGAAAGUACUACAAGGAUGAAAGAUUUUAA